UUGGAGCGCCCCCGGCGACACCAACCGGACCACGGGCGGCGCCGCAACUACUGGAGGUCAGCCAAUCGAGCGGCGGUGCGGUGACUCCGGCGAGCACGGGCGCGUCCACUCCGGCGACCUCGGACCUCCCCAAGGUGCCGGCCACCAUUCUCUUCUUCGUCCUUGGCCGCCGGUUAGUGCUUUGGCUUGGGCAAUCAGAGUUCGUGGAAAGCAAAUCAGAGUGGAAUUCCUUCACCAAUCAACAGAGGGUCCGAAUAAUUUCAGUGUUCCAGUCUGGAUUCGGAUUUGCUUCACCCACUCGGAGUCAGGGUGAGGCCUCGGCCGGCGAUCUAUAAGUAUAACCGGGACCCCGGCCUGCCCUCCGUCUGCUCUAACCAAGAUUGCAAUUUUCUUGCCCAACAGAUAGGCUUUGCUCUGCUCUGCUCUGUUCCAAUGGAGACCUGUAGCAUAGUAGCCAGGAUAAUGAGAUUGCAAGACCUAGUAGCUAUGUACCGCCACAAGUUGUGUUCUCUAGUCUUCAGAUCUCUGCCCAGGCUGCUGCUAGGCUUCCCUCCCAGCUCAAUCAGGAAAUUCUUCAGAGACGAACAUGUUCAUGUGGCACUGACAGAGACCAAGAUGGCGGCCACCUUGCCGGAGCUGCCGCAGGACAUCUUGAUGGUUAUCUUUGCCGCUCUCGAGAUCCCCGACCUCGUGUGCGCUGGCUCGGUCUGUUCAUCCUGGCACUCCGCAUACGCCGAGCUACGCAGCCUUGGGAAGUACAAGCAGGGCCAGACGCCUUGCCUGGUUUACACCUCUGAAUCUGAUCCUGAUGAUGUUUUGUCCCUCUACAGCCUUGCCGAGAAGAGGUCCUACAAGUUAACUCUGCCGCAGCCACCUAUCCGCAGCAGGUAUUUGAUUGGGUCCUCACAUGGAUUGCUUGUUACCGUCGACGAGAGGUCUGAGAUGCACCUUCUGAAUCCAAUCACCUGUGAACAGAUUGCUCUCCCUUCAGUGUCCACCAUUGAGCAUCUGAAGCCCAUAUUUGACGAGCAUGGUGAUGUCUGCAAGUAUGAGAUGUCAGGGCACAGUGGAUCGUACAGCAGUUAUAAUCCGCCAUUCAUCUUUGCUCUUGCCGAGCUGAGGGAUAGACUCCAGUGGAAGGCGUUUGUAUUUCCUGAUACAUCCACAGGAAGCUACAUUGUGGUGCUCAUCCACAACCCACAAGCUCAGCUCUCAUUUGCAAAGGCAGGUGAUGAUAAGUGGACCUGGCUACCGCCUCAUUAUCUUCAUGAGGACUGCAUGUACAAGGAUGGCAUAUUGUAUGCAGUGAAUACAAAAGGAGAAAUCCACGCUUUCGAUCUUAGUGGCCCUGUGGUCACUGUAAAGACAAUCAUAACGGCACCUAAGCAUUAUGAUUGUGAUAGCAGGUAUAUCGUUCAAGCUCCAUGGGGCAGUCUGCUACUUGCGUUCAGAAUAGUUCAUGACCAUGAUUUAGAAUAUGAGUACUGGAAGACUACAGAAACUAAAAUAUGCGAGAUUGAUGCUCUGUGGAAUAAUAUUGAGCUAACCAAUUGCUUGCGUGACCAUGUGUUAUUUCUUGGUCAUAACCUAUCGCUAUGCCUCAGUGCUGAUGAAUAUCCUGCUCUCAAGGCAAAUUGUUCCUAUUUCACGGACGAUAAUUAUCUGUGGACAGUGGGAUAUAAGAAUAAUCAUCGUGAUGUGGGAAUUCUUAAGUUGAAUGAUAAGAGCAGGGAAGAACUUGUGUCUCCUCAGCUUUGGUCCAACUGUCCGGCUCCAAUGUGGAUUACUCCUGAUCUUAGAAAGAUCAACGCGAUGGGCUCAAUGAGCCAACAACUCUGAAGUGAACUGCUACAGUCUCAAUUAACAUACGUGCAGUGCAGCAAGGCGGCACUACUAGAGUCGAGAGAGAGAGGUCUUGUCUGUGCUGCAAAAAUGGCCGGUCCCAAGGAGUGCUCAACAUCAACAUCCUUUUCUGCUCAGUCUUUUGAUGACGCUGCUGGUGUGGUAAUCAGAGAUAAUAUAUGCAGGUGUUUUCAGAAAAUCAUGGAGAAGGCGGAAUCAUCUUGUAGUUACAACAAUAAUUUGUAAUAGUUUUUGUGGUAACAGUUUUUUUGUUUCAAAUAAUUUGUAAUAGUCUGCUCAAAUACUAUACAUAUUUUCUUCAUAUAAUAUAUGCUAGUUCGCUGCUGUUACAGCAAUAUAACAGUG